CCUGUGGAGGACAAGCGUGUGUUCACGGCAACGAGACGCAGGUGCUGUGAAGAUGCUGCGCAGGAAACCCACUCGCCUCGAGCUCAAGCUGGAUGACACGGAGGAGUUUGAAAGCGUAAAAAAAGAACUAGAGAGUCGAAAGAAACAGAGGGAUGAGUUGGAUGUAGUUGGUGUUGCCACAUCUAGCGAGAUGAGUGGAGCAUCAGGUGGAGCUACAGACGGGAAAACCAGAGUGCAGAUGAUCCACGAGCGGAUUGGAUACAAACCUCACCCGAAGCCUAACACAUUACCAUCACUUUUUGGGAACCUUCAGUUUUGACAGUCUGCAAACCUGAAAAUGGACUAUGAGGUCUACUUUGUUAUUUCAGUUGCAAACACACACACACAUUGUUUUGAUGUGUGUUAAGGUUGUUUGUGAUAAAAAAAAAGACUUAUUUUUCUACCAAGUAAAUAAAAUCUUACUAGUAGAA